AUGGACGUACAGGUGGAUAUACAAGUAGACGUACAGGUAGAUACACAGGUAGACGUGAUGGUGGAUAUACAAAUAGACGUACAGGUGAAUAUACAGAUAGACGUACAUGUGGAUAUACAGAUAGACGUACAGGUGGAUAUACAGAUAGACCUACAGGUGGAUAUGCGGUUAGACGUAGAGGUGAAUAUACAAAAAGACGUACAGAAGGAUAUACAUCUAGAUGUACAGGUGGAUAUACAUCUAGAUGUACAGGUGGAUAUACAGAUAGACGUACAGGUGGAUAUACAGAUAGACGUACAGGUGGAUAUACAUCUAGAUGUACAGGUGGAUAUACAUCUAGAUGUACAGGUGGAUAUACAUCUAGAUGUACAGGUGGAUAUACAUCUAGAUGUACAGGUGGAUAUACAGUUAGACGUAAAGGUGGAUAUACAUCUAGAUGUACAGGUGGAUAUACAUCUAGAUGUACAGGUGGAUAUACAGUUAGACGUAAAGGUGGAUAUACAUCUAGACGUACAGGUGGAUUUACAGAUAGACGUACAGGUGGAUAAACAAAUAGACCUACAGGUGAAUAUACAGGUAGACUUACAGGUGAAGAUACAGUUAGACGUACAGGUGAACAUACAAAAAGACGUACAGAAUGAUAUACAUUUAGACGUACAGGUGGAUAUACAGAUAGAGGUACGGGUGAGUAUACAGAUAGACGUACAGAUGGAUAUACAGAUAGACUUACAGGUGAAUAUACAGGUAGACGUACAGGUGGAUAUACAGAUAGACGUACAGGUAGAUAAACAGGUAGACGUAAGGUGGAUAUGCAGGUAUUUGGUAGAGGAAGCACUCUAUUUGAAAGAUAAAAUCGGGAUAAAAAGAUAA